AUGAAGAACUCAAAGAGGAGCAAAUCAAAGUAUAUACCGGACUCCGCAAUGGAGGCUGAUGACGGAAAGUCCUCCAGUACGGCAGUGACCACUGACUCAGACGACAACGCCAGCGACACUGUGACACUCGUCGACUUGUUCCAUGACCUAGCGGUCGGCGACCUCUUCGGAGCCAAUGAUGACAAUCUGGCUUCGGCUGAGUCUUCCGCUGCCCCAAGCUCAGAAGUGAGCACCGACAACCAGUCCACUCCCAGCGCGGAGGCAGCCAUGGCCCAAUCAACCACAUCUGGGGGAACCACCUCGAAUGAGUCCAGCACGUCCGGCGACGCGUCCCCCGAGAGCGGAGGCGCCUCGUCCAGUACGCAGUCGUCCAACAAAGGCCAUUGGACACCGUCAGAAGACGCUCUCAUCAUCAGUAUGAAGGAGGGUGGCGAGAGCUGGGCCUCCAUUGGCAAUGCCAUCAACCGGGGCAAGAACGAGGUCAAGAAGCGAUGGCACGUGGCCAAGGCCAACGCCGCGAACUCCGAAUCCGGAGGCGACGCGCAGACUGAGACGGAGUCUGAAGGGGAGAACGGCCAAACAGAAUCCACGACCGACAGCAAGACCGAUCAGAGCCAUUAUGAUAACACCGACAAGCGCCAGGAGGGACACAAGGCCGACAACAAGCUCAAGUCAAGAGCCGAGCGAAAGGCUGAGCGAAAAGCUGAGCAGAGGAAGAACAAGGGCAACGCGACGUCCGAUGGCAAGACCAAGGAACCCAAGAAGUCUCACCCCAAGGCCAAGCAACCCAACCGGAAGGCCGAGGAGCAGCAGCCCUCCGAGGCUUCAGAAGCGCACAGCACUCCGAAACCCUCCUCAUCCAACUCCGUCGGCGACUCCCCCAGCUCGUCCCUCCGCAGCCGCCUCGCCCUCCUCCGCGACACAACCUCGGCAUCCUCCUCCACAUCCUCCGCUACUAGCCAUGAUGGUGACGACGGCGACGAUGCCAGCGACUCACCCGCCAAGUGCUACCACCGCGAGCUCGCCCGCCAGGAGCGCUACAUCCGCCGCCACGUCAUGCCGGCCCUCUACCCCCCUCUUCCCUACCCGCUGAUGCCCCCUCCAACCGCCUUACGCCCACCCAGCCAUGCUGACAAGCGCCAGCGACGCGACGAUAAGAUCCUGGCGUCCCUGGUGUCUCGGCGGGAGGCGACAAAGUGGCUCGAGAUGCAGGCCAACUUCUUCAACGUCACAGGCCGGAUGGUGCCGCUGCACAUGAUCAAGGCGCGAUGCGAAGCCGAGGAGGGCCGCAGCAAGGUGGUGGGCGUGUGGAACUGGGCCACCUCGGUGGCGGACGGCGACAAGCUCCUGGAUCCGAACGAGGGUGCCGACGUCCCCGAGGACGCCCUUGUCGAAUACGACGAGGAAUGA